UUAGAAGGAGGCAGCGCCCCAAAAAUCAACUAUUAAUUAGAAUAUGGGAAGGUCUCCUUGUUGUGAUGAAGGUGGUCUUAAGAAAGGUCCUUGGACUCCUGAAGAAGAUCAAAAACUCAUCAACCAUAUCAAAAAGCAUGGCCAUGGCAGCUGGAGAGCCCUCCCUAAACUUGCAGGUCUGAAUAGAUGUGGAAAGAGUUGUAGAUUGCGGUGGACUAAUUAUCUAAGGCCAGAUAUCAAGAGAGGCAAGUUUUCUCAAGAAGAAGAACAAACAAUCCUCAAUCUUCAUGCUAUUCUUGGCAACAAGUGGUCAGCAAUUGCAACACAUCUACCGGGAAGAACUGAUAAUGAAAUAAAGAAUUUCUGGAACACGCAUCUGAAGAAGAAGCUGAUACAAAUGGGAUAUGAUCCAAUGACUCAUCGGCCUCGGACCGAUAUUUUUAACAGUUUACCUCAUCUUAUAGCUUUGGCUAAUUUGAAGGAGUUAUUAGUUGAACAACAUCACUCAUCAUUGGAAGGACAAGCUAUGAGAUUACAAUCAGAAAUGGCUACACUUCAAUAUUUGCAUUACCUUCUUCAACCUCCUCCAACUACUCCAAAUAUGGCAGAUGUGGAAGCUUACACUCUUUUAAACUCAAUGAAAGAUGGCCAAUUUAUAAGCACAAACCACUUGGAAAAUUCCUUGAAUAAUAUUCCAUCAAUACUACCUUCAAGUAGUCUUCGAGCUGUUCAAGAUUCAAUCCCUUUCUCUCAUUUGCCUGAAUUACAAGCACCUGCUCUUUGCAGUAACUUCCAAUUAACAUCUCUGAAUAAUAAAGAGAAUAUGAUUCAAUUAUCUGUUCUAAGCCGAGAUGAUCAAAACAUGACACCUACUUCAUCACCAUGGCCUCCAACUUCUUUAUCUCCAUCUCCUCGUCCCCCGGCAGCUGCAGCAAUAAAUGAUAUUAAUAUAGCUGGGGAUAGUAAUUGUAGUACUUCUUUAUUUGGAGGAGCCUGGCCUGAGAUUCUCCUUGAAGACUCUUUGUUCCAUGAUAUUCCAUAGUCUGUUAAUUAUAUAUCACUACUAGCAAUAUAGUAUGAAAGGCUUGAGUUUCUUGUUUUACCACUUUUUUUACUUUUUUUUUUCCUUAGUUGUUUUCCGUCCCUUGUUUGAAUCUUUUUUUUUUCUUUCUAUAGAACAUAUACUGUCAAUUAUUUAAUACUACUGUGUAUAAGAAUGCGUUGACAUGUAGUAUA